AAAGCCAUCUUUAAAACUAUAUGAUAAUAGAAAAAUAAAAUAAAGCUAUGGUAAAAAAUUGAUUUAUUAACGGUAACAAGUUCUUCUAUUGUUGUUGUCGUUUUGAUGAUGGGAGAAAUGGACAGUGAAUGAUUAGAGAGACAAGUGUUGUAAGGAAGAAAGAACACGAAACCAAGAGACAAACACAAGAAGUUGGCCAUUCUCAUCAGCUCUCAUCCUUAUCAUUAUCAGAUUUUCCAUUUCUGUUUGAGAGAACUCUCUUCUUCAGGAUGCAGGAAUCCUGGGCGGGAAGCGGUAGCAAUACCAGCAAAACGAUAGUGGAAAAUUUACAACUUUAUGGCGUGAUCAGUUCCAAAAAGGUGGCUGAUGUAAUGGAAACUAUUGACAGGGCUUUAUUUGUACCAGAUACGACUCUAGCUUACGUCGACAGAGCAAUGCCAAUAGGACACAAUGCUACUAUUUCCGCACCUCAUAUGCACGCAACAUGUCUUCAGUUGUUGGAGGAGCAUCUGAAACCUGGCAUGCAUGCAUUAGAUGUUGGCUCAGGUACCGGGUAUUUGACAGCAUGCUUUGCCAUUAUGGUCGGACCACAAGGUCGUGCUGUUGGCAUGGAACAUAUUCCAGAACUAGUCAUUUCUUCAAUCAAGAAUAUCCAAAAAAGUGCUGCAGCACCGUUGUUGAAGGAAGGUUUUCUCUCUAUGCAUGUCGGCGAUGGAAGACAGGGUUGGCCAGAGUUUGCGCCGUAUGAUGCCAUACAUGUAGGAGCAGCAGCACCAGAAAUUCCACAAGCACUUUUAGAUCAGUUGAAGCCUGGUGGCAGAAUGGUGAUUCCAGUUGGUAACAUUUUCCAGGACCUGAAAAUCAUUGACAAGAAGCAAGAUGGUUCUAUUAGUGCGCGGAAUGAAACUCCAGUUCGUUAUGUUCCUUUAACAAGUAGAGAUGAUCAACUCGGGGAGAGUUGAUUUCUGGGUGUUUUCAUCCAGAGGUCGAUGAGAAAUGCGGAUGUCAACUUAGAUACUUAUAAAUAGCUGUACUGUGUAUAUUGUCAUCAGUAGAUCCUGAGAGGCGGUUGUGUAAUAUGAUAUGAGAAAGUUGUUUGCUUUGCUCAUAUCAAUGGGCGCAGUUAGAUCCUAAGGAGUGGCUGUACAGUUGUGAAUAUAACUCAAAAUACAUAAUAAAGACAUGUGUGGAUGUGUAAAAUAUAAAAAUAAUAUUAAAUUAUAAAAUAAAUAAUAAACAGCAGUGUUUAAAUUUUAA